CGACACUGAAGGAUAACCACAUAUUACAGCUCGACCCUGCUGUGCCAAAAGUGUUUAGUGGACCCUAUCCAAUUGGCAUUGACCCAAUCUGGAACAUUGCCACCAAUAAGCUGACCUUUCUGAACUCCUUCAAGAUGAAGAUGUCGAUAGUUCUAGGAGUCAUCCACAUGACGUUUGGAGUUACUCUCAGUCUUUUCAAUCACCUGUACUUCAAAAAACCUCUAAACAUCUACCUGGGUUUUAUUCCUGAGAUCAUCUUCAUGGUCAGUCUGUUUGGCUACCUGGUGCUGCUCAUUUUUUACAAAUGGUUGGCAUAUGAUGCCAAGAGCUCAAAAGAAGCCCCCAGUCUUCUAAUAGCCUUCAUCAACAUGUGCCUCUUCAGUUACAACGAUCCCACCAACAAGCCAUUUUACACGGGACAGGUUGUAAUUCAGUGUCUGCUAGUUAUUACAGCUCUCGCCUGUGUACCGUGUAUGCUUAUAGUAAAGACGCUAGUAAUGCGCAGGCAAUAUCUCUGGAGAAGACAUCUGGUAAGAACCU